AUGGCAGAGUUCACGGAUGAAGACCUGGACCACUACUUACAAAAUCAGCACCACACUUUUCCUGUUCAUUUUGCAGUUUUUCGGAGCCUUCACACUUCAUUUUGUUCUCCGCAGGUGGACCUCAGACAUCGGCAGGUCUCCAAAUCAGUGGAGGAGGUCCAGAAAAUCAUCAGGGACCUGACUUCUGAGGUCAGCAGCAAGGACAGUCGCUUCCAGUCGAUCAGCAGCUCGGGCAUGUACAAUGACAGCCUCAAAGAUCAACCUGCAUUAGUAGCCAAAUGGACCACUUUGCUUAGGGGAAGGUGUACAUACAGUCCUGCUAUUCAGGUGCUGACGCCCACCUUGUACCUCAUCACUGUACCGCUGCGGGGGUUGGUGGGAUACAGGGAGCGCCGCGCCCAAAAGUGGCGCUACUACACGCUAAACGGCUCGCGACUGCUGUCCCCCGUCAGAGAGCCCGAGAAGCUGCACCAGUGGCUGGAACUGGAGUGUUUCCUCAACUCCUCCCAGGAAUGGCAUGACUCCCAUGUCACGAUUGAAGGGGACAUUGUGCCUGCCAAGUUAGUGAGCAUCUUUAAGGAGCACCUGGAGGAAGCCAUCAAGGCCUGCAAUAUGUCCAACAAGGUCACCAUUCUGGAGACAUUGGGCUCAGUGGUCCGUCUUGCAGUGGAUACAUCUGAGGCUCAAAUUGAGGUGGAGUUGGUGCCAGCUGUGGAGCUGAUCAACUCUUGGCCUCGAAAGGCUCACUGGCCCAGACUGCUGAAACGUUGGCCCUCUAUGGAGCGAGCUCGCUGCAUUAAGUCUUUCGGAUUCAAUCUGUUGGCCACCUCCAACUACCACUGGCUCCUGUCCUUCUCCCGAGCUGAGCAGGUACUCCUGGGAGGCGCCGAUGAAGAUGGUGGUUGCCGCAGAAAGUCUUACCGUAUUGUUCGGCAACUGAAAGAGGACAUCUGGUGUCCAGGCAAUAAACCUGUCAUCACAGCCUACCACUUGCAGAAUCUAUUAUUCUGGACCUGUGAGAAGUACCCCUGCUCCAAGGACUGGAGGAGCCUGAGGGAGAGCGUACUGCGACUGACCAGAAAGCUCUUCAAGUGUGUCAGCCAGCGUUACCUUAGGCAUUAUUUUGUCCGCUCAUAUAAUCUGCUUAAGUAUACCAACACCAAUGAGCUGGAUGAUGUAGCCAGUAAGAUCUCCGUCUUCCUGAACAACCCAGGUGCCUAUAUACACUGAGUCCUCUAGCAUCUUUCAAUAUUCCUUUCCUGUUUCCUUUUUUGCUUCAUAAUGCCAAAUAUCGCUACCCCAAAUCCAACCAAUAUGACAGGAUUAAAGACAAUCAUUCAUUUGGUGAAACCCUUCUGGUCCUUAAAUUGGUUCUCAAUUUAAUGAAAUGUGAAUAAGUGAAAAAGCAA